AUGGAUUUACUUUCUGCAAUUCAACUCAGUAUUGGGAUUCAGUGCGCAAUUGGGGUAUCUCCCUUUAUUGUGAGGAAGAAUCAUGGGGUUGUUGUGGCCAAUAAAUUCACCAUUAUUCCGGGAAUUUCACUAUUUCUCUUCAACAUUGUCUCAGUGUAUUUUGGAUCACAAAUUGAUAUUGAAACUCAAGCAGGAUCGGCAAUGUUCGAUAGGACACUAUCAACAGGAUCAGUUUUGGCUUUGACCAUGAUUUUGGCCGAACAAAUCCACAUGGCUUUUUCUUUCACACUGGUUUACGUGUCCAAUGCCCUAUCGGCCAAAGACUUCAUAAUGGUCUGCCAGGUGGUAACUCAUCACUUCCGGUGCUUACAAAAAGUUCUCAAGGAGGCCCACUUGGAGCACGAUGAACUUCCGCAUCGACUUGAGACCUUCUACAUCAUUCACAGUGAUCUCUGUGAUUGCUUCGACCUGAUAACCGAGAACUUUGGCGCACGUGAGAUGUCCAACAUUCUCUCUGAUUUCAUCUUUAUGACCUCGCAGCUCUUUUUCGCGUUUUGGUCCGCCAAUGCCUUCCAGUUUGUGUACGUUAUAUUCGACUUGAUCGCUAUAUUGCUACCGAGAUGCCUCAAAGUUUUCUACGUCAUGUACAGUGGUGAGGAAUUAAUUAGAACAGCACAUACGACCUCCAAGAUGCUGGAAAAGCUCGACGGGCCUUUCAAGAGAGCGGAAUUCCACGACUUGGCCCACAAUUUCGCCCUGCAGGUGCUCCAUUUGCAAGAUUUGGACAUUACAGCGAAGAAUUUCUUCUCGCUCCGUCUCACUUUUCUCUUCACUCUCUGCUCCGCGUGCGUGAUGUACUUCAUAGUUCUCAUUCAGUUCCAAUUGCGCGAAAACUGA